GCCUGGGACAGUCGCUGCUCUGGGGUUGAGUUGAUUUCUAUAGUAUAUCGCGUGAAGUGACGCUGCUGUGUUUCGCUUACAGAUCUGAGCAGACACGCAUGUUUUGCACGCUCGUGCGCAGACAGCGGAGCGCGCUCGAAUGAUAUUCAUGGGCGGUGGACGUAGAAAAUGACCUUUUGUGAUAACGGCGAGGGCUGGGAUUUGUCGUGCUCACCGCUAGUGUCAAUCUCUUUUAACUACACUUUAUUUAUGUUGAUUUAAUAGGUCUCCGUCGCUCUCGCAGUUUGGACUUUAUUUCCAGAAUGGACCGCGUCAAGAGUUCCAUGCAGCAAGUCCCCAACCCGAUUCCCAAAGUGCUCAGUCGUCGCGCUGGCGGGGCCAACAGUUUGGAAGUUGAAAAGGAAAACUUCGAGCGUAGUCAGGCAGUGAGCAUCAACAAAGCCAUCAACACACAGGAGAUUGCUGUCAAGGAGAAGCAUGCCAGGACGUGCAUAUUGGGCACGCAUCAUGAGAAGGGGGCUCACACAUUCUGGCUAGCUGUCAACCGCCUGCCCCUUUCCAGCAAUGCAGUGCUCUGCUGGAAAUUUUGCCACGUCUUCCACAAGCUGCUGAGGGACGGCCAUCCAAACGUGAUUAAGGACUCCAUGCGGCACAAGGCUGACCUGAACGACAUGAGCAGGAUGUGGGGUCAUCUGAGUGAAGGCUACGGCAAGUUGUGCAGCAUCUACCUCAAACUGCUCAUCACCAAAAUGGAGUUUCACAUCAAAAAUCCCCGUUUCCCAGGCAACCUUCAGAUGUCAAACAGACAGCUCGAUGAGGCGGGUGAGAACGACGUCAAUAAUUUCUUCCAGUUGACGGUGGAGAUGUUUGAUUACUUGGAGUGUGAGCUGAACCUGUUCUUAGGCGUGUUCAGCUCGUUGGAUAUGUCUCGCUCUGUGUCGGUGACAGCAGCCGGUCAGUGUCGUCUGGCUCCUCUUAUCCAGGUCAUUCUGGACUCCAGUCAUUUGUACGACUACACCGUCAAACUGCUCUUUAAACUCCACUCCUGUCUGCCAGCAGAUACUCUCCAGGGCCACAGGGAUCGCUUCCAGGAGCAGUUUAAGAAGCUGAAGAGUCUGUUCUAUCGCUCCAGUAACCUGCAGUAUUUCAAGAGACUGAUUCAGAUCCCACAACUUCCUGAGAAUCCGCCAAACUUCCUGCGGGCGUCAGCCCUCUCCGAACACAUCAGUCCAGUGGUGGUGAUUCCGGCGGAGUCUUCGUCCCCUGAGAGCGAACAUGUAGUAGAGACAGAAGACCUGGUGGACACAGACAUCCCAGCUUUAGCGAGCGCUGUGGACAGCAAAUUCGACGACCUCUUUGGCACCUCAGCUGCUACAGACCCGUUCAACUUCAACAGUCAGAACGGCAUGCGCAAAGAUGAGAAAGACCGUUUGAUUGAGCGGCUCAAUGCGGAGCUACAGGCCCUGAAGGAGGAGCUGGAGUCCUUCAGAUUGGAGAGUGGUCGUCUUUGUCAAGCCCUGCGGGGGCGUGUGAACGAGCUGGAGGCGGAGCUUGCGGAGCAGACACACCUGAAGCAGCAGGCGUUGGGUGAGAGCGAGUUCCUGAGGGUGGAGCUCGACGACCUGCGCAGGGUCAAAGAGGACACCGAGAAAGAGCAGCGCAGCCUAAGCGAAAUCGAGAGAAAAGCACAAGCUAAUGAGCAACGCUACACCAAGUUAAAGGAGAAAUACACCGAGCUGGUCCAGAGCCACGCGGACCUGCUGAGGAAGAAUGCUGAGGUGACGCGUCAGAUGACGGUGGCCCGUGCCGCCCAGGAUGAGGUGGAAAAUGUGAAAAAAGAGAUGCAGGACAGAUUGAAAGCUGCUCAGGAUACUUCCAGUCAGCAGGAGAAGGUUCAGUUAGAGCAGCUUCAAGCUCUUCAAGCCGAGCUCAUGUCCAGCAGAUCUGAGCUAGAGACCCUGAAGAGUACCGUCUCCUCCUCCCAACAGUCAAACGAGCAGCUCAGUACUCAGCUGUCUGCUCUAGAGGCUGAGAAGGCGGAGCUUUUAGAGACUGUAUCUCAGAAGGAGGCGGGGCUAGCCAGUUUGGGGGCGGAGUUAGAGCGUGUGCAAAGCUCUCUGACCAAUGAGAGGGAGAGCGGUGUGAAAGCUGCUGAGACCCUGCAAAACCAACUCAAUGAGAAGGAGAGUCGUGAGCAGGCUCUGGAGAGCGAGCUGGUCUCUCUGCGCUGGGCGGCUUUGCGUGCAGCACUAGAGGAGGCGGGGAGGAUUGUACAGGACAGCUUGAAUCAGCUAGACGACCCUGCACACAUCAGCUGCACCAGUUCAGCCGAUUACCUGGUGUCCAGGUGCCAGGUGGCUCUGGACUGUGUGGAGAGACUACAGUCAGCCAGAGACGCCUUUGUAUCAGAUAACACAGAUGUGUCCGGACUGGUGCGGGCAGUGACUCAGUUCGCUCACCUGGUGGGCGAUGUCAUCAUGCAGGGCAGUGCCACCUCACACAUGGUGCCAGUGGAGCAAGCUGAUGCAUUGGCAGACAACGUGAAGGCGUGUGGCGCGGAGGCCCUGGCGUUACUCUGCCAGCUCAAGGAGCAGAAGUCUAUGGGGACGGCAGACUGCAGCCGGCUGAGGGCGGCACUGGAUACCGUGAUGGCCUUGGGCGAGAAGUUGCGUCCUCGGGGUCUAGAACUGCAGCAAGGGGAGCUGGGAGAUCUGGUGGAGCAGGAGAUGGCAGCCACAUCGGCAGCUGUGGAGUCAGCCGCGGCCAGGAUUGAGGAAAUGCUCAAUAAGUCCAGGGCGGUUGACACUGGAAUCAAAAUGGAAGUCAAUGAAAGGAUCUUGGCCUCCUGCACCGAUCUCAUGCAGGCCAUCAAAGUGCUGGUGCUGUCCUCCAAAGAUCUGCAGAGGGACAUCGUGGAGAGCGGCAGGGGGGCCGCAUCUAUGAAGGAGUUCUACGCCAAGAAUUCCCGAUGGACGGAGGGUCUCAUUUCCGCCUCUAAGGCUGUGGGCUGGGGUGCCACCAUGUUGGUUGAUGCAGCUGAUCAGGUGGUGCAAGGGAAGGGCAAGUUUGAGGAGCUGAUGGUGUGUUCACAUGAGAUCGCCGCCAGCACGGCUCAACUGGUCGCAGCAUCUAAGGUCAAAGCAGACAAGGACAGUCCAAACCUUUCCCGUCUCCGGCAGGCCUCCAAAGGGGUCACCCAGGCCACGGCGGGGGUCGUGGCAUCAACCAAGUCCGGCAAGUCUCAGAUCGAGGACACAGAAACAAUGGACUUUUCCGCAAUGACACUCACUCAGAUCAAGAGGCAAGAGAUGGACGCACAGGUGCUGGUGCUGGAGCUGGAGACGCGGCUGCAGAAAGAGCGGGAGCGACUGGGUGAACUGAGGAAGAAGCAUUACAAGCUCGCUGGCGUCGCAGAGGGCUGGGGAGGAGAGGAAGAGGGAACGGGUUGAGACUCGUCGGGCUCUGUGCAGCAGCCCUACAGACGGGGAGCUUGACGUCUUUAUAUACACACAAUCUUUCCCUUCUCCCUUUUUAUUGUAUUUUUUAACUCUUUGAUUUCUUUCUUGUACAUUAAAGCCAAAUAAAAGGUGCUUUUUUUCUACCCUGCUCCCUCCCCUGCCCGUGGAGUCUGGAGACGGGAGGAUAUUGACGAAAAGGGGAGGGAGAGGAAGGAAGGAAGUGGAUGGCACACCACCUAGUGGACUGAGAGAAAAGUGCAGACUCGCUGAACUGUCUGAGUAUUUCAUGUCCUCUUCUUCCUUAUACGGAACAGAGAAUUUUCCCCCAUGUAGAACAAUCCCGUCUCCCCGUGAAACAUCCCAUGAUGCAUUGCACAAGGGUGAGUCACCCCAUUUUGCAGGAGUUGACACUGUGCUGUGAUUCUUCCGGACUCGACUUUCACAAACAGCAGCAGUGUGCGACAUCCACCUCUCAAACGCAUUCCUUAACGUCGCGUAGGAUCGCCCUCGUCUGGGUCCGUCCUUCCCUGGUCCCCUAGCAGUGGUCACUGGACUAAAAAGAGGAAUAGAUGAUGACCUACUGCGGACUAACUCCUGAAAACACUAGAAAACUCAACCUAGACUCACUUUAUCUGUAUUUAGUAUUUUUUAUGAGUUGAUAAUGUUCCCAAGGCAUUAAUUUUAUAGGAAAACCCUUAAUAGAUUUAAUCCGCUGGCUUUUUACUGUUCCACCAUGUUGACUUAAAUAGGGACAGACUGAGAAAUAGCUCAUCUACCGUAUGAUAUUGUCCUGAUGCGUUUCACCAGUUUCAAGUCCAUGACUGAAAAUGAAGUGACUGUUUUUGUGAGACCUCACGUCAGGCUAGGGCUCAUCGUUUUUGUUUUAUAGCUCAUAGUUUCUUCAGCACAGAUAGAUAUGGCACCAUAUUGUAUCAGUAGCGGUCCCUCAAACGGUCCCGUACGGUUUACACACUGUUAAUACGACAGUAUCUGUUCAUUCCUGUUGUCUUCUUCCAGCUCCACAAACACGCACCCCUUCAAACUGAGGCAAGGAGAGACGUCCGUGCCUUCCAAAAGGGAAAAAGGGUCCCAUUCCUUUACACAGACCUUUAAAAUCUUGAUCUGAGUAGCAUUAGGACAGUGUUUUGAAUUUGUAGUUUGGUGUCGAGAACUGAGAUCAUGAAAUCAGUAGAGCGUGGUGUGAGAACAGACGUAGCCAUCGCUGUGUUCAACUCUGGUGUGUUUCCUUUGGAUCUUUGAGCUUCCCUUUUUGAACUGGAUAUAUAAAAGGAAAAAAUGGUACGGAGCCCCUAAGGGGACACGGUGAUGGAAAAAAAAUGAGAUUGGAUGUAAAAGGGUUGAAUUCUCCUGGGAAACUGCCUUCGCUCGCUAAUCUUUUGUUUGCACUAAGAAAAGCACAGAAAUGUAGUUUCUCCUUCUACCUUAUAUUAUUUCCAUCACAACACAAACAAAGUGUUUCUUUAGGAAAUGCAAAGGUUUUGCGAGAGAAUGCAAAGCUUCUCAAAAGAAUCUACAAAGUUUCUCUAGGAAAUGCAAAAAUUUUGCAAGUGAACGCAAAGUUUUUGAGGAAUGCAGGAUUUCCAAUUGAUAGCUAAUAUUUUGAAAGAACACAAAAGUUUUGUGAGAAAACGCAAAGUUUCUUACGAAAAACAUAAACGUUUUGCCAGAAAACGUUUCUCAAAAAAAAAAAAAUUAUUUAGCAAGACAAGUUUUGCAAGCGAACACAGUUUCUUGGGAACACAGGUUUUUCUAUUAAAUUCAAAGAGUUUCUUGAGAAAAAUGCAAAUAUUUGGCGAGCAAAUACUGUAUUAGGGAAUUCAGAUGUUUUGAAAGCAAAUAUAUUGUAAAAACAAACAAAAAAUAUCCUCCCAUCUUUUUUCCAUCACUCUCUUUUUUGGAGCUCCGUAAAAUGGGUCAGAAAUUCAUUUAAAAAAUAUUUUGCUUUAAAAAAAAUUAAGUCUUUCUUUUAGAAUUGUAUAUAUUUCUCAUAAUAUGCAGUACAAAUAUUACUAUGAUGUAUAGCUACUUACAGGUGUUCUUUACAAUUUGAAUUCUAUUGGUUUAUUUAUAGUAAUUCACAUGAAUUUAAGGGAUAUAUAUAUAUAUAUAUAUAUAUAUAUAUAUAUAUAUAUAUAUAUAUAUAAAAUAUAAAAUGGGCUUAAUUUUCUUUAUGCAAAAUAGAAUUCAUUUGUAGGGAUCUUGGACAUUUCCUGACUGUCUUCGUGAAAUUCACACAAAAUGGAGAUCCAUGAAGAAUGUUACGUUAAAUGCAUUUGGUUCAAGAGGUCUGUCCACUUCCGUCAAAGCAAUGUAGACCACAUAGCCUUGUAGACCACCACUGUCUGCCACAGCACAGCUCUCCCCAGGGCUCACAGGGACUUGCAGUCUUGUAGUCAUCUACAAACCAGGGUUACCUCAACGUCUCCACAAACUAGCAGUCAGUAACUACAAAAGAGAAAGUGAUUGAGUUCAAGGGUCCUGUAGACUCCAUAUGAACAUGCGUUGGCUAAACCAUGAGUGCGUACGUGUGUGUUCUUUAAUACUAAUAUAACGUGUGUGUGUUUGGGUGGAUGCUGUUUGACUGAGAUAUGAUAUAUAUAUAUACUGUAUAUCACUUAUGUUGUUAUGUCUUAAUACCCUCAUAUUGUUUCACUCAUUGCACUGCUUUGGCCGUUAUGUUAAGUUGCAACACUGGGUAUUUAAUUUCCGUUUUUUUGGAGUGUCAUCAUCACCUCCGGUAAUAAUGGUUUAUUUCACCGUUUAGAUUCGGUUGUCUAGUCUUACCAGCUCAGCCAGCCUCUAAACUGCCUCUCACUUUUGUUAACUGAGAAAUAAACCAGACCGCUCAGUAACAUUUUGAAGAAUAUCUUUGUAUUAUAUAUACUAAAACUAUGUGUGUGAGUUUGUUUUAUUUUUCAGUUUUUAAAUAAAUAUUUCACUCAUUGAUAUAA